UGCUGAGGCGGUCGCUGCUGCGGCCCAGACAGGGGGGAGGGGGCCGCCGCCUCCGCGCUAGGCCAGGCCGGGCUCUGUGGAGCGCCAGCGGGGCCUGGAAGGGAGUAGCAGCUCCGGCCGCAGGCGCGCCAUGCCCGGCCCCCCAGCAGCGCCUCCCGGGCCGGACCCGGAGGAACGCUACGAUUUCCUCUUCAAGCUGGUGCUGAUCGGAGAUGCCAGCGUGGGCAAGACGUGCCUGGUGCAGCGUUUCAAGACCGGGGCCUUCGCCGAGCGCCAGGGCAACACCAUCGGCGUGGACUUCACCAUGAAAAGCCUGGAGAUCCAGGGCAAGCGGGUCAAGUUGCAGAUCUGGGACACCGCUGGCCAGGAAAGGUUUCGUACCAUCACCCAGAGUUAUUACCGUAGCGCCAAUGGAGCUAUCCUAGCCUAUGACAUCAGCAAGAGGGGCUCCUUCCAGUCUAUUCCUCGCUGGAUCGAGGAUGUGAGAAAAUAUGCUGGCUCCAAUAUAGUUCAAUUACUAAUUGGAAACAAGUCUGACCUAAGUGACCUUCGGGAGGUUCAGCUAGAGGAAGCUCAGAGUCUGGCUGAACAUUAUGAUAUCAUCUGUGCCAUAGAGACUUCUGCGAAGGACUCCAGCAAUGUGGAGGAAGCUUUUGUAAAGAUGGCAACAGAGCUGAUGAUGAGGCAUGGCGGCCCUAUGUUCAGUGAACAAAACACAGACAACAUCAAACUUGACAGCAAGGAUGUAGUAGAAGGAUGGGGGUGUGGCUGCUGAUAUAGCUUAUGAGAGCUCUCAUUUUUUACUGGAAUUUAGAGGGGACCUUUCUGUCACAUUCACCCCUUCAUGCUGCAUAAUACAGCAGCAGUAUCCUCUUCUGCAAGCCCAGUGUUUUUGUAGGUUACACAUUGACAUAUGCGGGAUAUUUUUUUAAAUAUGAAGGGGCUUUGUUAUGUAGACCUGAAAAUCAACCUUUCAUGAGAGCUACCCUCUCUCACUUUGCACCAGAUUCUUUUCAGAGAAAUGUGAGCAAUUUGAAAGUACGCAGCUGGGACUUAUUUGUAUGAAAGUGUCUGAAACAAAUUGCUGUGUUACCGUAGCAGAAGUUGUCCAUCCCUCUCUACCUUCUCAGUGAAGACAACACUUCUGUUUUUAGGCCAGUGAGACUUACCGCUGCCGCUUUAAAUUCUCAACAUUCCACCAGGAAUCAGAAACCACACAGGGUCACAGUUUCUCUGCACGGGUUUUCAAGUAUAAGUACUUGAAUGUUUUUAAUACAGGUCAAAGCAGCUGACAUUCGCUCAAAAUGAGGAGCCUCCAUAGAAAUUAUAUUUUCCUAGAUAUUAAAAUACAGCAUUUGGGGAUAGGGAUACCAGAUUCAGCAGGUACAAGCCUGUUUGGAUAGAUUUUCUCUAAGGUUUUUUUCAAACAAAUAGAGCAAUUAUUAAUGACUAAUUCAUUUUAUUUCCACCUUGCACAUUUGGUCCUAAAUGCAUUUCAUCGCAUUUAAGUCCCAUUGAUUUUAAUAGAGCAUUCAUGGGAUAAAUGUCUGUGAAAUUCAUUGGACUCUCUUUUAAGUGAAUAGUUUAAGGCUAUAAUGUUAAUUUUUUAAAAUCAUUGCUUGUGCAAUUCUUGACAUUGAUGAUGUAGAUUUUAAUCCCCAGCUCAGCAUUCACAUCCAGCAUUAUGAGAAUGGAGGAGAUAUUUUGGAUAGCCUUUUAAAGCCAACAGCUUCUUUAAUUGCUUUAAUACAGCUAACCAGUUCAUUGAAAGCUAUUUGUGAUCAUAUAUGCUGAACACGAAUGUUGUUGCUUGAUUGUUUUAUGUGCAGGGUGUUAUCCUAGCUAGAGCUUCUUCUUGUAUCUUUGCCUGUGUAUCACCUUUGGGAAAGAAAUUGCCAGUAGACAAAUACGUAUGUGAAACUUGGAUUUUCAGGUAAUUCAAACAUCACACAAUCAUCUAUUAUUUGGCCUCUCCAGAGCAGUUUUGUUUAGAAGGUGCUCUUUGAUAAUUGUGUAGAAGCUUCUGCAUAAUCAGCUGUGGGAAACAUUACAAAUUUUUCCUGAAGUAACCACCUGUAAAUCAAGUAGCAGUUGCUUUUCUGCAUUAUAAACUAGCUCAUAAAUUCCUCAAAUAGGGAACAUUUUCUAAUUUGUGGGGAAAAAAAUUAUUUUAGUACAUCCCUCCCCUCUACUUCCAUUCCUUACAUUGAAUCCUAAUUUCUACUUAAAAUCCUACUCAAGUAAAUGGAGCUUACUCCCAGGAAAGUGUUCUUAGGACUGCAAUUCCAGUUGUGCAGGAAAAAUCUGUACUGGUGGAUAAGAAGUCUGCAGUCUGUUCAUCAGAUCCCCUGGACUAGAUUUGACAAAAGAACCUUCCUCUAACAGAAUAAUAGUAAUAAUAAUAACCGAUAUAUAUACUGCCAUGCAGGACAACUUAAUGCCUACUCAGAGCCAUUUACAAAGUAUGUCAUUAUUAUCCCCACAACAGUAAUCAACCUGUGAGGUGGGUGGGGCUGAGAGAGCUCCUAGAAGCUGUGACUGACCCAAGGUCACCCAGCUGGCUUCAAGUGGAGGAGUGGGGAAUCAAACCCGGUUCUCCAAAUUAGAGUCCUGUGCUCUUAACCACUACACCAAUCUGGCUCAAAGAAGAGUCACUUACUUUGGAGGCAGGCUUCAAACUUUACUCAGCUGAGUGGGAGGAUAAGGGGAGGAUCCACCCUGCUGUUUCUGCUCAGUAUAUUUUAUUUGAAGAAUCUUGCUAGCUGUUCAUCUAAGGUUAAAUUUAUGUCUGCAAUUUAAAAUUACACAUGUUGGCCACAGUCAGUUUCUGUUUUUGAGCACCUGAAACCUAGAAAGAAGAAGAACAAAUAGAUUGAACGUUUUAAGCCAGGAUUAAGUGCUUUGUUUUUGUUACCUUAAAAUCUCCUUUCUGAAAAUACUGAAAACCAAGUCUGAAAAACAGGACUAUGCAGGUAGGCACCUAGAUGUCAAAAAGAAAUCCUGGGAAUAGCAUAUAUUCUUCUGGAGAAGAACUCUUUGCUCUAACCCUUUCCUUUAAAUUCAUGUAUAUUUUCAAAUGAGUUUGUUCAUACUGCAUAAACUGCUGCAGUUCAUAUUGUGAUGGGGUCUGAUUAUGAAUGAGCAAUGUACAAUAGAGCUCCAUCCCAGUUCUGUUUGCGUGCAAGCCCUUAUUUCCCUUGCUGAUUUCACUACAAGUUUAGCAUUUUCUUCAAGCCGUAUAGAUAAGAUUAUAUGAGGGCUCAUAAAACAUUGUUAAGAGACUGAAGCCUAGCUUUUGUGACAUAUGCUGAUAACACAGACAAAUAUAAGCUCAGACCUAUUUUGUUUUCUCAUUUUAACCUAUCUAGUGCGUCUUUUUGAGUGGGUGUCUGGUAAAGGGCAUGAACGGUGAAUAUAAUGGGCCAAGAAAAUGGCAGCUGCUGAAGCCACCUGUGUCACUGUAAAACUUCCCUCUGUUUGCCAGUAUUUUAGAGGAAAAGAUCGUGAUAAGGUUGCUGCUGAGGAGUGUCCCCUGUGGAGGGAGGGUGUGGCUGUGCGCUUGGGUGGAGCAGAGAACACUGAUCUGGACUUCAGCCUACUGCCCCACAAGGUGGAGGUAGCAGCAAUGAGUGCAUGAGGGUUGGUGAAUGUGGCAGGGCUUCUCGUGUGGCUGGGUAGGACAGAAUGGUUGGACAGCUGUAUGCAGAAAAAAUGCUGUGCACGUGCGUACGUGCUCCAGUGGCAUGCAGUGCUUGUAGCCCUUGGGUCUUGCCUGUGGAAGGGGGCAGUGUGCGCCACAGAAUGGAGGGGCUUUAUGUCGUGUGGGGCUUAGGCUGGGCCGUAGUUUUUAAAAGGGAAACUUAGCAAGCAGAUGUUGGGGUAGAUUAUAUCACUGGAAAGAAAUUAAGCAUUAUUUCCCUCAGUUUAUAAUAGUAACGAUUUCUCAGAAAGGUAGGCAGUUUUCUCUCAGAUGUUCUUUUCCAUUGAAGGUCUAAAAAUAGUUAUGCAACUUAAGAGGCUGGAAUACAUGAAUUUAUUUGUAGCAAAGAAAUCACAUUUUUGAUCAGCAUCUCUUUUCUCUCCCCUUCACCCUCUCAGGGCUGGUUCACUCCAGCCUUUUAUGUUGCAAUAACGUGAAUUACUUGUUGCAAAUUGAGGUAGCAGAGCAGCCAUUCAGUUGCUUUGCUCCAUGGCCAGUCGGCUGAUAGGAGCUGGCCCUCAGCUACAUGUAAAUGAGCUGUGGAGGCUGCCUAGUUUAGCUAGGCAUUAUUAAAUACAUUGAGGCUGCAAUCCAAUGCACAGUUGCCUGGGAGUAAGUCCUACUAAACUUCUGAGUAGACCUGCUUAGGCUUGUUCUCUGAGAGGUGCAUUGCUUUUUCAUAGUUUAUUUAAAAUAGCAAACGUGUCUUUAUCAUCACCUUUAGAUAAGAAUUCAACAUAUUUGUACGCUCUAUAGGAAUACCAAAGACACACAAAGUGGAAGAGGAAGAUUGAUUUACUCAAAGGUGUCAGGUGCAGAACUUAUGCUCAAUAGGAAAAGUUUCAGAUACACCUUUGGAAGCAAAUGACAUGCACCAGGGUCAAAUCCACAUUACUCAUUCUAAGUCGCAUGUUCCCUGCAUUCCCAAGUGCCGGUCACAUUACCUCAUUAAACAGACGCAUUUCAUUCGCAUGUCUCCCGAAUAUGUGGUCACAGGUUUUCAACAGGAGAUUCACGGUGGCCGUGAACAGGCCAAUGCGCAAUUUACGCGGUUUUUUAAAAAACCACCCCCCCUUCCUGUCUCCGGCCGUUCCGAGAGUUCCUAUUGGCUGAUUCAACUCGCAAGUGCUCCAUAGUCUGCAAAAGACUGUUUUUGACUUCAUAGCAUUGGAUUUAUUGAUUAUGCUGUUUCUGAAUCAAAUCUGGUAGUUUGAAAAAUCAUUUUGGGGUGAAUCCAUCCUCAGAACGGACUCGCGAAACUUCCUUUUUAACUGUUUUUUAUUUUUUUUAUUUUAUAUUACUGUAAUAUCGAAAUUACGAAAUAUCGAAAUAAUGACACUCCAAGGAAGUGAAACUUCAGUAAAAUUCAGGCACUGAACUGUCCUGCAUAGGAAAUGCCCACGAAAGCUUCCCACAUGCUUCCAAAUUUCCAAAAAAGAAACGGGAGAGAGCCAUCAGUGCUGUCAGUGGGGGAAAGAGAGGCAUCAUUAUCUUCAAUGAUGUUUCUUUAUAAGGCAAGAUCGAAAUAACGGAAAAGUGCGCUCAAAAAAUUUUUAAAAAAUGGGCGGGAAAAAAAGUUCCCUCCCAAAAAAGUGGUUUUCGAGCAGCCGUGUGACCGGAGGGACGCGUGAGAAAGACGGAUUGGAAGCAGGAAUGUGAACGAAGAAAAAAUCGCGGAUUGGAGGCAAACGGAAGAUAUCCGAUAAACAUGCGGGUAAUGGGUGAAUGUGGAUUUGACCCAGAUUCCGAUGAUGUUACUUGAUGAUAAGUUUCACAGACCUAGGGACCCUUCAGCCAUACCAGGUGUCAUUUACAAGACGUACAUUUUGUGGUGUAUAUUAUGCACAAGAAGCUUUAUUUAUUGCACAGAAUUUUGGCCAUUUGAAUACAUGCUCCAAUUAAAAAUGGAUUGCAUCAUGUUUUACUGUUUAAAAUUGGAUGCUUUUUGUACUGGAAUUUUUACAAAAUGAAAUACAAAUUGGAUUCUAUUAUGUCCAAAUUAACUUGGAUGUCGUGUAGUGUAAAUAUGCAGUGAUGCACAUGUAGUGAGUGAAUUAGUGGCAUGUGACUGGGGUUUAUGUCAUAAGCAUUAGCAAACUGUUUCCUGGUAGCAGAACAUUAACUAGACUGUCUGAAGGACUAGUUUUAGAUAGAGUUCUGUUCAUAGCAGGCACUGCUCAGCCUUAAAACAAUGUUGUUUGUAGCGGCUGUUUGUGUUUCAGAAUUUCCAGUAGAAGGUUAUAUAUUGUAGAAAAUGUAAAAUGAACUGUUUCUUUACUGGUUUACAAGAUGAAAUCUAAUCUUUGCGAUAAGGCAAAGAAAAUACAACCUGUGAAUACUAUUGAUUUCUCAGCUAAUUAUGUGCAUACAUAGUACUUUUCAAAUAGCAUAGCUUCUUGGGUUUUGUUUGUUUUUGCAAUAGCUAGCAUGUGAACCUGUUGGCAAAGUUUAUCUUAAUGCAUAGUCUAUGCAAAUAUUUGUUAGUGCUAAAUAUCCCUUUAGCACAGUGCCUUCCAUUUUUGUUUUAUAUAAAACUUCAAAGGAAUAACAAAAAGGGUAAUAAUGGAAGCAUGUAGACAUGGACCCCCUAGUUAUGUUGCUCUUGGAAACAAACAUUGAAACUAUUUUGCAAGUUGCACUUAAGUAAGGAGAAGUCCUGCCUAAUUUGAAAGCUAGAAUUCAUGUCCCUCCCAAAGGGAGAAUUACCUGUGCUUCUAUCUUACCCAGCUUUUUUGUAAUGUGUGAAGCCAUUCUAAUAUUAUCAUACCACAAAGGAGUUGGGUGUUGUGGCAGGUCUCUCUGCUAAUAUUCUGCUGGCUUUGAAAACUUUCAAGCUAGGCCAUACAGAAGAAGCAGUUUCCUGCCUCUCUUGCCUCUCUGUGUUUUUUCCUUUCCUUCUUCCUGCUCCACCCAGUCUUUGCUGGCCCGGUGCAGGGUUUCUAUUUCUGGUGGUAGCGUCAGAACAUAUUGACUUGGUGCCUGCAGUUUCUGGGUUGUUCAAAUGGGCAAAAGUGAAGAAAAUCUGGAAUACGAGGAGCAGAAUAAAGAAAGGAAACAUUGCCAAAUAUGGAUGGGGUUUAGUGGAUGGUAACAUACUUGGAUGUAAGUUCCAUGGAAAUUAUGGGGUUACUUCCACACACUGAGGUGUAAGCACCUACCUCACUGCACUGCAACCCUAAAUCCUAUUGAUUUGUACAGCUAGUAAGGAUUCCUACAGGGUAUAGUAUGUACUGAGACAAUCUGGAAUGCUUAGCUGUUAGGGUUUACCGAAAAUGUUUAUGCAGUUAUUUUAGCUACUGCAAUUUGUAUGUCAAGAAGAUAAUAAACACUGCACGAAUGGUUCACAUGCAUGCUUUUACUACAUUGAUACUACUCAGAGGCAUCUUUCUAUGGUACCGAUAAUUUUUCAACAUUCAGAAUUUUAAGUUAUUUGUAUUGUUUUAAGGAAACAGUAGAAAAGUACCACAUUUUCCUCUCUAAGACACCAUUUCUCACCCUUUUGCAACAGAAGAAAACACUGCCUCUUUUGAUAAAUUCUGAGAUUUUAGAUACCUCAUGAAUGAACAACACUUCCUGAGCGAGGAUAUACAGUCCCAGUUUCUCAAGAGGGGUCUGCUUUCAGAAGCAUGCAACUAUACACUGACCUGUCUGGUGAAUCUGGAACCAUGCAGGUAGAUUAGUGCUGAAGCGUAUCUACGCUUCGAUGAGUAUCCGCCAAUGCCAGUCACUAUUUGGUUACAACGCCGGUAGGAAUGUGAAUCUCUGCUGAUGCUUCUGCUGUUUCUGGAUAGAAUGUUGGUGUGUCCUUAGAGUGCUGUGUGGGAGAUGUUGAGACCUUAAAAUGGAGUAUGCAAAUGUUAAAAUUUCAAGAAACGUUAGAAAACUUAAGUCCUCAAUUUGGAACAAAAUGAUCCCCUGAGUUGCCUCGCACACACACUAAAGAAGAUGUCUUUAUGACAAGAAGUGGUGUCUUGAAAGGCAGAAGUGAAACAGAUGUGGACUUGCUGUUGUGCAACAAACCCAUAAGUAAUCUAAAAACAGAGACCUCAGUCCAGAGAAAGUUAGUUAGUGCCUUAGCCAGCAGUCUAGUUUCAGUGAAAUCGGUAGCACUUCCGAAGUCAACUGUUUUAGAAUUGUGGUUAAAGUCAGACUGAAAUCAUUGGGACAAAUUAGUCACUAGCAGUGAUGGGUAAACUCCCUGUGGCGCAGAUGUUAACCAAAUCACUAAAUAAUAUGCAGCAUCUGUGAACAUUUGACAAAGAGUUUUUUAUUAAGAGACUUAAAUUGGCCUUCCUGUUUUGCAUGUGCUGCUUGGAAUUGUAUUGUAGAUGCAGGGGGAACCUAAGAGUAUUGCCUAGGCAGCUACAUGAUGCUCCUUGUCCUCCUCCCCAAGUACAUUAACCUAUCCAUGUCACCAGCAUAAUGGUAGUGAUGGUGGUGGAGGUGGCAGAAACUCCUAUGGUGGUUAUAGUUAAAUUUAUAAACUGUUCAUGUCACCUAUAGUAUGAGUAAGGGGUUAUAGUAAUCAACUUCUGAGUAUGUGCCAAGAAUGGUUACCAGUCUCACUUGCCUACUCUGACAAAGGCAGAGCAUGCAGGUGCAAAAGUGGCACAUACAUUCAAAAUACAUCCUUUUUAUUUUGAAUGGAGUAGUAAGUUGAGAACAAAAGGGCUGAACUUGAAACAAAGUAUUAGACACAGGGACAAUUUUUAGCCAGUUAUUUUCAGAGCCUUGUGAUGCCACUACUGACAACUACCUUAAGUUCCAUUGAUUGUAGCAGGCCUCAUGUGAUUUGCUUACAUAUUUAAGAACACAGGCAAAUAUUUUUAUGACAGCAUGUCAGCACAAAGAGCAUUUUACAUCCUUAAAUGGCAUGUUGAUGCUCUAUACCAUAGCUUAAUAGUAAAAAGUCCAGUAGCACCUUUAAGAUUAACCAACGUUAUUGAGGCACACUUUCGAGAACCACAGCUCUCUUCGUCAGAUGCCAUCUGACGAGAGCUGUGGUUCUUGAAAGCUUAUGCCUCAAUAAAGUUGGUUAAAGGUACUACUGGACUUUUUACUAUUUUGCAACUACAGACUAACACUGCUAACUCCUCUGGAUCUAUUACCAUAGCUUAGUCUCUGCCCUCUUCUUUUUUCCUAAAUGUAAAGCUCCUCAGGGGGCAUGAUGGGGUUUGAGUGAAGGGGCUGCUUCUGCCAUUUGCCCAUUCACCAUUCCACCCAUUCUUUUUCCUCUUUAAGGGGAAAGAUACAGAAACACAUUGAUGUGAACUUGACAAGAGCAAGAUUCUCCUCUUGACUCAAGUGUGUGAUCCUGUAUUGUAAUUUCAUUGUUUUUAGUGAAAAAGAUCUCAGUCUGCCUUUCAGGACAUAGCUUGAAAGUAAAAUGUGUAGAAAAGUGCAGCGAUGUUAAAGACUUGGGUGGGUGGGGAUGCAGACCUGUAUUUACUGGCACGGGCUGGGAUCUAAUAGAACUAGUGUCUCAGCAUUAUUUUUGGAAGGGGAAGUUAAGAAAUCAGUAGUGAUGAAUGCUGGUUCAGUCUGUGGAGGUUCCUCAUGUGCUGUGUUGUCAGUGGCAUUUCCUGCUCUGUAAUAGUGCCUCGCUUAUUGGUUUGGGGUGGUUAGAAAAUCUUGUGUCCCACGGACACACAGCUACCACUAGCCAUAAUGAGAAGGCCUGGCUCACAUACUUAGUGGGGAGAGAGCUCUAAUUCAUAUUGAAUUCACUCACUUCAUUCCAAAAGGACCUAAGGCUUUGAAGAACUCCAGUGUUACUGAAGUGAUCUGCAUUUUCUAGAACUGUUUUAUUGCUUCUAAUAAUCAAGGCUGCUGGGAACAGGCACAGAGCCCAUCUUUCCAAUCACUGGCAACUGUCUUGCUUUUCCAAGCCAAGUGUUUACCAGAGGAGGUGAAAUGCAAGAUGACAAGGGAACAAAGUUUGCAUACAAUAGUCAAUUUUGAUAUUUUACUGUCGCCUAUUUAUGAAUUUAUAAAAAUUUAUUUUUAAAAACUAUGAAUCCUACUUUUUUUGGUAAAUUUUAGCAACGUCUGUAGCAAAUACAUUGUAUUGUGUAUAAUUAAAAUUAAAAGAAACAUUUGACUA